CACCUCAGAUUACCUAAAUCAGAUCGCUAGGCUGCAAGAUCUCCUAAGGAGAGGACAGUCAACCAGCAAACUGCCCCACAGCUGGCCAGAGACUGUUGCUGGGCAGCUGAAUGACAGCAGGGCUCACCUAAAGCACCCCCUUGCGACCAAAGCCAGCUCAUAAACGCCAGAGGGAGGCGGGACACAACGGAGCCUGCGCAACCUCCAUCGCCACAAUCACAGACAUUCGCGCGUGGGCGUGCCCCCUGCCGGCUUCGGAGAGCCACACAGAGGCUCCACUGGACUUAUCUAAGGACUGCUAAGCCCAGGCCAGGUUCUUUUCCCGCCUCCGCAUCCCGCAUCUCCGGCAUCUCGCAACAACUGUAGCGGUGCACAUCCCCCUCCCUUCACGCUCCCAGCCCACCGCUUCUAGCAUUUGCAUUCUGUCCCAGGCUGCUUUAGCUGCCGCUCAGCGAUCUUCUCCCUAUAGCGGUCGAAGCAUUGAAAAAGUCUUGUAGUUACCUGGAUGGCCACAUCGUUCAGAUAGGUUCAAAGGAAAAAACACAAAAGAUUAAAGUUAUAGUCUUAGUUCGUGCAAGAGUUUCCAGUAAGAUGUCUGAAGAUGGGAGUAAUGUGGAGCCUGAAGGAUUUACUAGAUUUGAGUCACUGGAGGAGCCUGGAUCUGAAAUAUCAGAUCUCUUGGAUGAAGCUUCUCCUUACUCAAAAAGUAAAGAUUCCAACCAGAUUUAUGAAGCAAAUCCUUCAAAGGACACAGAACAGUCAGCAGCUUCCUCCACCAGCCAGCUUGAUAGAAACAAAGAGAAAAAUACAGGAGCUCCAUUUUCAGAAACUAACAUAACAGAUAUCAUCCCACUGUCAAUAGAAGAAAGUCUGCAGAGCUCUGGGUCAUCGGAGACUAAGAUGGCUGAAGAUCAUUACCCAGUCAAAUUCCCGACUGGGAGGAAGUUUAGAGGACGAAUCUUUAACGGAAAUCAGAAAAGAUUUGACAUGAAGUCUGAUAACUUUACAGUUAAUCUUGAUGCCAAGGGUUUACAAGAAUUCCCUGUAGACAUUGUAAAAGUCAAAUAUGUAAAAUAUCUAUAUUUAGAUAAGAAUCAAAUAAAAAAUUUCCAAGGGAUAGACCCAGGGGAUCUGCUAGGGCUUGAAAUUCUGUCCUUGCAAGAAAAUGGAUUGUCAUCAAUUCCCUUGGAAAUUCAGUUGUUUCACAAUUUAAAGAUACUAAAUGCCAGUUACAAUGAGAUAUCGCACAUACCCAGAGAACUACUACAACUUGGGAAUAUGAGACAACUCCUCUUAAAUAGUAAUCAUAUUGACACUUUACCUUCUAGCUUAGAGCAUCUUAGAUAUUUGGAAACUUUAAGUUUGGGUAAAAAUAUGUUAACAUAUAUACCAGAUUCUUUGUCUAGUUUGAAAAAUUUGAGAAUUCUCAAUCUGGAAUAUAACCAGUUAACAAUAUUUUCUAAAUCAUUAUGCUUCCUUCCAAAAUUAAAUUCCCUAAACCUUACUGGAAACAUGAUAGGCAGUUUGCCAAAAGAAGUUAGGGAACUGAAAAAUUUAGAAAACCUUCUAAUGGAUCACAAUAAACUUACUUUUUUGGCUGUGGAAAUAUUUCAAUUGCCCAAAAUAAAAGAACUUCAUCUAGCUGACAAUAAAUUGGAAGCCAUUUCACCCAAAAUUGAGAAUUUCAAAGAACUCAGGCUGCUUAACCUUGAUAAAAAUUUAUUGCAAAGCAUACCAAAAAAAAUUUCCCACUGUGUAAAUUUGGAAUCUCUUAGUCUUAGUGAUAAUAAUAUAGAAGAACUUCCUAAGAAAAUCCGUAAGCUUAAAAAUUUGAGACAACUCCAUGUAAACAGAAAUAAAAUGAUAACAAUGACUGAAGAAAUCUCACAUCUUAGUAAUAUACACAUCCUGGAGUUUUCAGGCAAUCAAAUCACACAUGUUCCUAUUGAAAUAAAAAACUGCAGAAAAAUAACAAGAGUUGAACUGAAUUAUAACAAUAUAAUGUAUUUCCCAGUGGGGUUGUGUGCUUUGCAAUCACUGGACUACUUGAGUUUUAAUGGAAAUUAUAUUUCAGAAAUUCCUGUGGACAUGUCGUUCAGUAAGCAGCUGCUUCAUUUAGAGUUGAAUAGGAACAAACUUACCAUAUUUUCAAAACAUUUAUGUUCUCUCACUAAUCUUGAAUACCUGGAUCUUGCUAAAAACCAAAUAAUGACAAUUCCAUCCUGUAUCUCUGCUAUGGUAUCACUCCAUGUUCUCAUUCUAUCUGAUAAUAAGUUCGAGAGUUUCCCGAAGGAACUGUGUUCUUUAAAAAACUUGCAAGUGCUUGAUAUUUCAGAAAAUAAAUUACAGAAGAUACCUUUAGAAAUAUCCAAACUGAAAAGGAUCCAGAAGUUAAACUUGUCAAACAAUAUUUUCACACAUUUUCCUGUUGAACUGUGCCAACUUCAAACUCUCGAGGAGCUGAAUAUAAGUCAGACAAGUGGGAAAAAGUUAACAAGACUUCCAGAAGAGGUGUCUCGUAUGACUCAACUCAAAACACUCAACAUCUCGAACAAUGCCAUCGAAGAUAUUCCAAAAAAUAUAGGGGAGCUGAGAAGUCUGGUUAGUUUUUAUGCGAACAACAAUCAAAUAAGUUCUCUUCCACCAUCCUUUCUGUCUUUAGAAGUUCUACAGAGCCUAGAUCUCAGAGGAAACAAUAUGACAGCUUUGCCCAGUGCUAUCUACAAACUUUCAUCUCUGAAAGAGAUAAAUUUUGAUGGCAAUCCUUUGAUGAGACCUCCAAUGGAAAUCUGUAAAGGAAAACAGAUGCAUACAAUCACAUGUUAUCUCCAAAGAGCGGAUGAAAGAGAUGAGAAAAUCUUAGAGAAGAUAUUCAACAUAGUUGCCAACAGUAUCACUGAAGCAAAUUUUGAAUUUUUGCAACAAAAACUAAACAUGGCAAGCUCAGAAAAUAGCAUCCCUAUAAAGCCCACUACUCCAUUAAAUGAAAGAAUCUACCAGGCACUCAUUAAGUGGAAAGCAGAGAAGAAUGUACAAUUCACAGCUACUGCCUUAAGAGACAAACUUUUUCGGGCACUAAAUAUGAUAGGUGCCUAUGAUAUAAUGGACAAGAUCACAGCGCUGAGCCUUUAUACCAGUGCCAUCAAACUCUAGCUGGUGGAUCUGAAAUAGUAGUUAAACCUUACAUCGCACUUACAGAACUGAAACCUGACCUCUGCGCUGUUACGUCACGCUGAUACAAGGCAAAUAUUUGCA